AUGAUAACUGCUGAUAAGAAGCAAUGGAAGAAAAGCCAGUUGAUCGGAGGCAAUGCGCCACAGCCAUUAUCACCGCCCGAGGAGCUUCCAUGGCUUUCCUCGAAUUCACCGCUCAGUUUGAGGAAUGCACGACUGCGACACAGCUCAGAUCCGGGAUGUUCAGACUCGAACAGUGAUCUCGACGAGAGUGGUGUGGUGUACGCAGAUGCAGUCUCCUAUCGAACGUUAUUUGAGCUGAAGUCGGUGAUGAACGCAUCGUUCCAGGACUAUGAUUUCUCGAAUACGAAGAGUGAUGCGUUCUCUCUCGUUCCAGAUUUCGAGACACUGACUAAGCUGGUUGAUUCGCAGCUUUCCGCUACAGUGACAAAUUAUUACGAAAUUAAGCGGGCACUUUGGGCGGAAGUCGACAAAGUUAUCAAGAUAAAUGAAUGCAAACUGUACAGUUACCGCACUGGCUACACUGGCGAUCCGUUCGGCGAGGAUGGCGUGAUGUGGUCAUUCACAUAUUUUUUUCAUAACAAAUCUCUGAAGCGCAUUCUGUUCAUGUCCUGUCGUGCAUUUCGUGCAGAUCCAGCACAGAAUCUUUCAGCUGAACAGAUCUGGGGAGAUUCUUGUAAAAAAUCCUCUCUGGAAUGA